AUUGUAAUCAUUCAAAAAAAACAAAUUUUUAAGAAAAGGGUUUUCAAUGAAGGUCAUUUAUCUAACCCAUAAGUAAUACAUUAAUUUUGAGAGAGCGCCACGUGCUCCACUUUUAAAGUAGAAAUGAUAACACAUUCACGAGUAAAAUGAUCUAGUCACACUUUUUUUUUUUUCUUGUUGCAGUAGUACACUUGAGAAUUUAUUUACGUGAAUUGCGGAAUUCAUCAAAUCAAAUUCCUAAAGAGCUAACUACCUUGAGCAGUCUGUUGGAGGACAUGGUACCUGUAGCUGAAAAUGCUGAGCGGCAUCGCGACAACAUCAUGGUGAAGUUAUGGAUUGCCGAAAUAAUGGAACUGCUUAAUGAUGUGAAGGAUAUAAUAGAUGAAACGAUCGAUGCCAAUAAAUCCAGGCUAACUGCAGAAGUCCAAUCCAGUGCCAACAAGCCAUGGAAACUCAUCCUUAAUUUGUUUAACAAGAUUUCAAGGUUUAUGCGUUCUUAUCGAGAAAAAAGGAUGGUUUCCAAAGUGAAGUAUAUAACUGUUGAAUUAAAAGAAAUUCUUGAUGAAGGAAAGCAGUUAUUAAAAGAAAUUCCUGAUGAAGGAAAGCAGUUAUUAAAAGAAAUUCCUGAUGAAGGAACGCAGUUUGGCCCCGAGAACAGAUUAACUACGCCUGAUCCAAAGAAUCUUGGAAGGAAGCAUUUUGCAAUUGCCGUGCGUAACGCUAUUUACAAAGGGGAGUUUGGGAGAGUAAGAGACCUCUUUGAAAGGAAUCCAGAUGCAUUAUCUACAACAUUUGAAAAUGGGCAAACUGCUCUUCACGUUGCAAUUACUUCUGGUCAGCUAAGGUUUGCUAAGGAAUUGAUCACAUGGACUAGUUCAGCAAACAGUCACCAAUUGGGGAUAAAAGAUGAGAGUGGUAACACAGCUCUUUACUAUGCUGCUCGUAGUGGUAUGAUGGAAAUUGCAAAACGCUUGAUUGAAAAGAACAAGGACUUGCUUACUAUCCCAGAUUGCGACAAUAUGCUUCCGGUUCAAUUGGCGUGCAGGGCAGGCCAUGAGGACAUGACUCGCUACCUCUAUCUUAAUACUCUGCCGCAAGAAUGUCUAAAGGAAGACUAUGGCUUCUUCCUCCUCGAAGAGUGUAUAACUAAGAAAAUUUUUGGUACAAGAGUGAAGGUAGAUAAACGAAGUGUUCUAUCUGAUGGUGUUAGCAUUGUUGCAGCUCAACGAAGAGCUUUGGAUGAGGAUGAAUUUGUGCAAAGUGGAGCAGUGGAAGCAACCUUUCAAGCUAUGAAGAAUGGCAUCCCUCAGAUUGCAAUUGAAAUUGCAAAAGUUUAUACAAAUAUAUUAUGGAACUGUACUGAUCGUGAAGAUUCAAGGAACAUGUUUGCAUGUGCUAUAGCACAUCGUCAAGAGGAAGUGGCACAAUUUCUUUAUGAAUUUAAUGCAAGAAUUGGUGCAGCUCGGUUGCAAAGUGAGUUACGCUGGUUCAAUGCAGUGAAAGGCAUUGUUCCACAGUUCUACAACUAUUUUAAAAAUAAUGAAGGUUAUACUCCUUCCCAAGUGUUUGUUAACGAACACGAGAAGUUGCUAAAAGAAGCGGAAGAAUGGGUGAAGAAAACAGCAGAAUCUUCUACAGUCGUGGGUACUCUAAUCAUUACAAUUAUGUUUGCUGUGGCUUUCACUGUUCCUGCAUCAGAUGCAAUUUCUCUUUUUGCUGCAUCUAGUUCGGUGCUAAUGUUUUUGGGGAUUCUUGCUUCACGUUAUGCUUAUGAAGAUUUCUUUAAAUCUUUACCCGUGAAGUUAAUUAUUGGGAUCUCUUCACUCUUCAUCUCUAUUGCAGCAAUGAUGGUAGCAUUUUGUGUUGCUCUUUUCAUUAUGCUACAAGGUCACUUGUGGAUAGUCAUACCAGUAACUUUGCUUGCUGGUAUUCCGAUCAUUAUCUUUGUACUGUUACUGUCUCCUUUUCUUGUUGAGCUUUAUGCUAUGACUUUUGGACCAGGCAUCUUUGAUAGGAAAAAGAACAGCUUAGGAAAGGAAGAGAUGGAGUCACUACAACAAUAGGUGCUGGCUCUCUAAACUAGAUUCCAAUCGAAAAAGGCCUUAGCUCCAAUAACUCAAAGAUACCUGUUCUGUCAUAUUAAGUCUAGUAAUUAUACGAGUGUGCUCUAUGUGUAUUGUAACUGCAAGAAACAUUUGGUGGAUGU